AUGCUUCUAUCUCCCGCUGUUGCGGCCUCUGUUUCCUCAUCGGCUCCGCAGCUGUCGGCAGCAGCUCGACGCCGCCACCGUCGACACGCGCUCUCGAAGCGCGGCGCGCUAUCCCCCGACAGAUUCAUUCCUUCCUCGUCGUCUUUCUCCCUCUUCCACGUUGACAGUCCGCCAAACCCUGUAUCUCCCUCUUCCAGACGCCAGCCCCCGCCCAGACCUACCUCACAUUCCGCUAGCGCGUCCCCAGCUGCGCGCGCAGGCGCCACGGACACGAACCAGAUCAUCGCCAACGCGCUCGGUAUCGGUGCACACGAGCGAAGCUACACCGCCACCGGCCUGCCGAGUCCGCAGACGACCGGUCCCGCGCGCGUGCUACAGUUCCAGCAGCGCCAUUAUUUUGCGCACGACCGAGACGAAGAAGAGCAGCGGAAUGCUGCGAUCGCGCGGUUUGCUCAUGAAGGGCAUGAUAGAGUUGUUGGAUUGGGCGAGCUCUCGCUUGUUAUGGAGGCUGCGUCGGCGAGGCCUGCGCGUGAGAGCAGAGGAAAUGGGAACGGUGCGCGGACGGCGUAUCCAAAGAAAAAGACCUUGAAGCGCGUGUUGAGUUAUGCGCCAUUUCGCGUACUGGAUGCGCCAGGCCUACGGGACGAUUUUUAUACUAAUCUCUUGUCAUGGUCUUCGACGACGGACGACCUUGUCGUCGGGCUGAAUCAUGAGGUAUAUAUCUGGACCGAGGCAUCUGGCGCGGUUUUGCUUCCUGAGUGGGGUACUUCUCCCGUAGCCUGCGUCAGCUUUGCGCCUGACGGGACCACCCUUGCGAUCGGACGUAUGGAUGGAGUGAUCUCGUGCUGGGGUAAGACCAGGACGAGUGUUCGAGAGGAAUAUUUCCAUACCAUCGGCUUCUGCUGUAUCACAUGGCGUCCGAUGCCCGAAGGAUCUAAAGUGAUGGAGUUCUACGCCGGAGACGAGGCGGGUGCGAUCUUACGCUUUAAAGUGUACAAAGACGAAAUUGAUCGCGUGUCUGCGCCUACACAGAUUGCGAUGGAGAUGACGGGCAUGACGAAGGGUCACAGUCAGCAGAUUUGCGGCAUUGAAUUUAAUUCUGAUGGUACUCAGAUGGCAGUCGGAGCUAACGACAAUACGUGCACGAUAUGGGACGUUGGUGAAAACGGUCCGGCUGAAUACCCGCGGUAUAGAUGGGAUCACCGAGCGGCCGUCAAAGCACUCGCGUACUGCCCAUGGUCUUCAUCUUUGUUGGCGACAGGAGGCGGAAGCAACGAUCGCACCAUCAGAUUCUGGCACACAAAUUCAGGCUCCCUGAUCAACUCAUUCAACACAAACGCCCAGGUGACCUCCCUAGUCUGGUCCCGCACCAGCCGCGAGAUCGCAGCAACCUUUGGCUACGCGAAUCCCGAGCACCCCAUCCGAAUGGCAAUCUACUCGUAUCCCGACUGCCGCCCGAUCAUCCAGAUCCCGUGGCAAGAAGACAUACGUUGUCUGUACGCUGUUCUUUCGCCCGGAGGCGGGAAAGUGUGCACGGCUGCGAGCGACGAGACCGUUCGGUUUUAUGAUUUCUGGGAUGAGAAAUGUGAGACCCGGGUCUCGACGUGGGACGACGGGAUCUUUGGAAGCGAUAUUCUGGAGCUUUGCGAGGGGAUUGAAAAGAAACCCUCUGAAGUGAUUCGAUAGAGAGCCGUUGCUUCAUUUUUUGCGUUUAUACAAAAUUGGUCCACUGCCUGUGCUCUCGACCGUCAGAGAGCACAAAGGAGUUUGUUUUAUUAACCGUACAAGCCUUUUUCCUUGUCUAUUUUUUCUCUUUCCAUGUUUUGCUGCAGCUACCGAACUCGCCCGGUUUUGCUUCUUCUUCUGACCUCCUUGUUGUUUGAUUCUUCUCUGUUAGCUGUCUUGCUGUGCUUGGUGGUCAGAAUGGCUAAUUCUCUUUUGAUUACGAUUAUUAAUAUACCACUAUUAUAAAAUUAUACUGAGACCGUCGGGUAGUCAUAGAAGUCUGCUGCGUAGAGCACUUG